UCGUCCUGUUGUCCAGCGAUAUGCUCACACAAGAUGACAGUCUGCCCUCGCAGCAGCUGUCUGAACCGAUCUAUUUGGGAUUAUGCGAGAAAGGCGGAGGUCCACAGCUUGCAGCCAGGGAUCGAGCCAUAGUAGGUGCUAUGCGCCCAUUGAGCAACGAUAUCCUCUGCUAUGCAGCAGCCCGCUCCCCUGCGGAAGAGCCAAUAGCCCGCGAACGUGGAAAGUUUCCGCAAGAUCAAAUUAUCAAGAUUGCAAAGUUUGGGAAGGACAUAAACGAUAGGCGAGUCCCUUUUGUGACAGCCACAGAGCAUAUUUUCACAGUACUGCAAGCAUCUAUACGAUCGACACGGGACGUACGGAGAGGACGUACUGGACGAAGGUCAACGAGACUGGGCUUUGCGGCUGGCGAGGAUUCGAUGGAUAUGGCAGAUGACGCGUAUGGCUCAGGGGAUCAGGAGCGCAAACUCGCAACUUGUCGAGCAAGUGAAGCAUAUCGUAGAGAGAUCCGGCAGUAUGCCAAUGUUUCGCCGCCGCUUGAGAUUGGAGAGUUGCAGCUUUUUAGAACAGCGCAUAGUGCCCUGCAGCUUUUGGAGGCUAUACAUCUCCGAGAUGCGUUUACAACUAAUGCCGCUCGUCCCCAAUGGGGGCAUCUCCAAGAAGGUCUACGUCAAUGGCUAGCAGACAAUUACGACGCGCCUCCGCAGGACGAAUUUGACAAUUUCCGCAAGUCGUUGAGACCACGUGAACAUGAGAAAUACUGGAAGUACGUUUAUCAAUGCCUCCUUCGAGGGCACUUCCAGGCCGCUAUAUCCAUUUUGCACCGGCAUCCAGAUUUUCAGACUCCAUCAAGCGCUCGCCUUGCAGGUGGGCUCAGCGAGAACCCAACUUUGGUCACAGCAGUGGAGCGCGUGCUCUCACAGAUGCCGCGACCACAUCAGUAUCCGUCACAGCUAGACUUUGAGCAAAAGUUUGCAGAAUGGCGUAAAGAUAUUCAACGAUGGGACGUCCCAAAGUUACGUGCGGGUACGAAGGACGCAGAGCAGUUUGCGUAUGUUUUCGGCAUCCUACGUGGAAACGAAGCAGUCAUUCACAAAUUGGCAGAAGACUGGCGGGAGGCACUUGUCGGGAUAAUCUUAUUCGCACGCCCAACAUUGAAAGGGCAUGACGUCGCCGAACUUUUGGGCAAACUCGUCGAGCGAGGUGUCGAUUACAACGACGUUCAGGUGCAAAUCGAGCUAGGGAUUAUUGCACACGAGUUCCAACGAGUAAUUCGUUUCUGCAGUAUGCUGGACUGGUGGUGGCUGGUAGCUCAUAUGACGGACCUUUUGCAUAACUCUGGAACGUUAGAUGACGAAUUACUGGGUCCAUCGAUGCCCGUUGUACCAAAUAAGCGGGACCGGUGUUCCCAACGGGAGUGGUACCUGCUCAAUUAUGCAAACUCGUUGAUUCCGAAUCUCUCCCUCCGGCGGACGGCUUUAGAGUACAUUGCUGUCUGUCCCAAGUUUGGAAGGUCGGUGCUGGAGGAUGUCAUCGUGCGCAUGUCACUGGAUACUGUUGGGGAAGCACCGAAAUUGCUAGAGUUUUGUCGAAGGCACGGCUUGGAUGACGUGAAGAAUGAACUCCAUCGAAGAUUGGCACGCAUAGAAUAUCGUGCGGGGCGAAUAGGAGAAGCCAUCGAGCAUUAUGUGGAAGCUAGGGAUGCACAAAAGGUUUCUGGCCUUGUAGAAGAGAUUAUAGAUGGGUACCUGAGCACCGCAAAUAUGGAGUGGCUGGAUAUUGCUGGAAAAGUCGGACAGCCGGCAUUGGAGUUUAAUGGACGAUUGGCAUUCUUGGCACGAUAUCGAGAGUUUCACGAGCUGUACAAGGCACAAAAGUUUCGGGAAGCUGGAAACCUGCUUGUGGAAAUGCUGACUAGCUCCUUCAGAAAUGAUGAACGAUUCUUUCCAAAGCGAUUACUCUGGACUGCGUUACUCGACAGUCUGCCGUUGCUCGACAUGCAGCAGAUUACAGUCUUUGGCGUAGAUGACAUUUACGAGCUGAUGCGGACUUUGGAGGAAAUACUCACUAGUGAUAGACGAGACGAUUACCUUGGUGCGUGGGAGGCAGCAAACCGAGCGAAGCUCGGAAUAGGGAAAGACAGGAUAAUAUCUGCUGAAGCGCAACUGGAGGUCGUGCGGGAAGCGCUGGUGAGAAAUUUAUCCCGGGCUUUUGUAUAUAAAGGAGAGGAGAAUGCAACGAAUCGGGCGGAUGAAUGAGAGGGGUAAAGACUCACGUCGUAAUAGUCACAUCUACACCCGUCCAUCUAAGUUUCCCAGCCUUUUUGCAUUAUAACAUCGAGAGGUGAAAAGUACAAGAG